AUGGAUUCCUCUAGCUCUCAGCCGGAGAAGAAGUCCAUCCCUCGGUUCGCCAGCUUCAAGUCUCGACCAGCGCCUCCACCCGAAGCUGAUCGGCCUCCCGAGCGCCGCAGUCGCGACAGCUCCGACAAAGAAGACAGGCACAGACACCACUCAAAACGGCACCGUUCAAGACACAGACAUCACCGAGACCGUUCCCGCUCUAGAGAUCGUCGAAGAGAGCGCAAAGACAUUCGUCAUGGCCAUAAGGAAGCGUCUCACUCUGAACGGGAGCUUAUUCCAGAGCACCGAUUGGUGCCGCAAGACACCGUGAAGGUAGAGGAGGCGUCAGAUCUAUAUGUUGUGGACCGUAAAGGUGAUAGAUACAAUGUCAUAUACGGUACUAUUCAUCGUUACAAUGUUCCGCUCUACUACCGGAUAGGUCGAGGUAGCGUGCUAGGCCUUCCUCCAAUCUACAAGAUCGAUCGAGAUACCGCCGAAGGAGACGCGUUGAUCAUCAAGGCAGAUGCCUGGCGCUCCGAUGGCUCAAGGGCAAGGUCGAAGAGUAUAAUAUCUGGAGUGAACACACAGAGAACGAAACUACUUCGGAUACGACCAACGCCUACGUUAGAUGCUGCUGCAGAUGCCUCGAAAGAUUAUCUUCCACUUACGGCUUCCGUGCAUCAGAAACGCAGCGAUGCCUCAGGACAUGCGGGGUCGGAUGAUGAGAGAUAUGGCUAUCGUUCAAUUCAUGGAAAGGCGAAGCAUGAAGAUAACCUUCCCAGUGACAUGGAAGAAGUAUCAGACACCGAUUUGAGUGGUGACGAGACGGUGCGAGUCGACCCUGAUAGAGAGAUCAAACAGCGCAAUGUCGAACUGUCCAGGAAUGUUGAGCGCAAUCCAACUGAUGUCCGUGCAUGGGUUGACCUGGUCAAGCAUCAGGAAUCUCUUCUGAAAGGCUCUGAAGGAGAAACGAAAGCCCUCACGUUUGCUGAAAAGAAGAGCCUAGCCGAUAUCAAGAUAUCCCUCUAUGAGAAAGCCUUGAAGAUGGUUGGGGAACAUGCUUCUCGUGAUCUUCUUCUACUCGGUCUUCUAGAAGAAGGUGCUAAACUUUGGGACACGAAAAAGCUCUCAGCACGGUGGCAGGCUGUACUGAAAUCAAACCCUCGUUUCAUCAGCCUUUGGGUCAAAUACCUUGAUUUCCGACAGACUGAAUUUCUUGACUUUACUUACGAACGAUGCUAUGCCACGUUUAUUGACUGUAUGAGAUUGAACAGGUCUGCAUCCGACAGCCCGGAGAAAGCCCACGUCCAAGUCUACCUCUUCCUUCGCUUGACCCUUUUCAUUCGGGAAGCAGGAUUCACCGAGCAUGCAGUAGGUCUGUGGCAAGCAAUUCUAGAGCUUACCUUCUUUCAAUCGGGGACAAUGGAUUCUGUCACAGCUCGAGAGGAGGUGCUGUCGGCUUUCAUGGAUUUCUGGGAUUCUGAAGUUGUGCGUAUUGGUGAAGUUGGCGCAAAGGGCUGGCAGAGCGGCCAUAAUACUCUUUUGGAGCCAGAUCCUUCACACCGCAAAAUCGAGUCAACUCGAACUCGCAGCUUAGAUGAAGAGAACGAUGAUCCCUAUCGUGUAGUUCUCUCGGCCGAUCUUCCGGAGGUCCUAUCGCUUGUAUGGGGUUUGGCAUCAACAGACGUGUUGGUUGACAGCUUUCUAUAUUUCUGUCAUCUUCCUCCUAUUGCAUUUUCCAGCAACUCGAAGACAACCAAUCAUUGGAUGGGCGACAGCUUCUUGCGGAAUGAAUUCAUGAGCAGCUCUGAUUCCACGCUUGAUCGCUGGGUUCCUAAAUACGGCACCGAUGCUAGAAAUACUGCUUCUGUGCCGGUCUACUUCCAGAACUUUGUUCAUUCAUUCGACACUCUUUUCGCGGACCACGAAGCAUGGUUCUCCUCCAUUGGUCCUUGGGCUACGGCGGCCCUGAACUCUCGGUCCGAUGUCGACCCUAGUUGGGUUUCCAAGGUAUUGAGAUCUUUGGUAGAGGCAAUGCCACAAAAUGACCAUAUGGCUGCGUAUGCGAUUGCGGUGGAGUUUGCAUGUGACCGCAGCAAGGCAGCAAAGUACGCGAAAUUCUUACUCAAAAAGCGGCCGUCCAGCCUGUGGCUCUACAAUGUGUAUGCUCUUAUUGAACGUCGGUCAGGCAACCUGGAGGCCGCCAACCGUGUGUGGGAAACCACUCUAUCUAUGAGCCAAAACAGUAAGACUUUUACUGAGGAAAAGGUCGAUGCUGUUCUCCUUUGGCAUACUUGUAUAUGGGAGAUGCUGGAAGCUGGCAGCUUAGAUUAUGUAUCUUAUCUCUUCAGCUCUAUGCCUCAGAGCAGUCCUAGCCUGAAGGCUCCAGUGGAUCCCAAUCAAUACAUACUCAACCCAACAAACCUGCUGAAGACUCAAAGUCUACUGUCAGAUAACCAAGAGGCCUCGCUUGCAGCCGAAAAAGCCAACACUUUCGUGGCCUGCACGGACUGUCUAGCAAUACUAGCGUACCUUUUUAACUCCCGGGAUCUAAAUAAAGCCCUUCAGCCAUACAGCAAUGCCUUCAACAGACUUGCAACAAUGCCAGCACAGUUCGAAUCGUUCAGGUCCAUUUCUACUGAACUCCUUCACCAAGCCCGUGCAAGACUCCUCUACUAUCACGCCCGCACAAGCAACAUAUACAAGCCCUCCCAGAUCCGUGCUCUGCUGACGGAUAGCAUAUCCCUAUUCCCCCAUAACACGAUAUUUCUGUCCCUCUUUGCUUGGAAUGAAUCUCGGUUCCGCAUCGAAGAGCGUGUCAGGGAUACCAUCAUGGACAUAACGACGAAAGCCCACAACCGAGCCGAUCAAAUCCUCACAACCCAAGUACCAAUCACAUCGCACUUAUUCUCCAUCUUCACCGAGCUAAAUCGUCCUAUGUAUGCCGGUUCUACACCACACUCUGUCCGUGCGGCUUUCGAAAAGGCUAUUGGCGACAAAGACCCAUCAACCUCAGCACACCAUAACACAAUUUCCACCGCCCGCUCCAACCUCACACUCUGGAAACUCUACAUCCUCUUUGAGCUAUCUCAGCACGACAUCAAUCGUGCCAAAGAUGUCUUCUACCGUGGCAUGCGUGUCUGUCCCUGGUCCAAAGAGCUCAUCAUGCUUGCCUUCAGCCAUCUCAGGGCAGACAUCGUUCGAGAGCUUCAUCCAAGCGCAUCACGGAAGGGUGAUGGUAUGAACUUCUUUGAGCUACGAAGUGUGUAUAAUGUCCUGAUAGAGAAGGAAUUGCGGGUUCACGUCGAUAUCGAAGAUGAGGUGGACGAGCUUGUGGCGGAGAUGCAGCAGAAGACAGCUGCGUUGGGGCUACCAAUUGCCAUGCCAGAAGAUGCCGAUAGUGAGGAUGAACAAAUGCAACUAUGA